GGUGCGAAGUCUUCCCCCUCUGUCAUUUGAGGAGAAUGAAAGAAGAGUUCUACUUAUGAAAAAGUGGUGUUUGUUUAAGCAGAGACAAGAUAAGGCAGAAAAGAAAGCAAUUCAGACCCUUGUAGAAGCUCAACAAGAGGCACUAAAGGAACUGCGCCUUGAAUCAGAGGAGCUGUAUCAGGCGGCCAUCAGACGAGAUGAGGGGCUUUUCCCCUUUGAGAGAGAUGGACCUAAUUAUACCCCACCGCUUCCUGGUUACGAUCCUCCUGAAGGAAAAUGUGUUGAUAUCACCAAAGUGUAUACGCACUGA